AUGCUGACAGUGUUCAAAGGUACAUGGACCAAGAUGAUUGAGGAUAUGGCUGGAAGAACAGAUGACACAUUCUUUAUGACCUGGCUUGCGGUUGCCUUUAGCACUUUCCUAGCACCAACCACGGCCUUGAAGCUCAGCCCAAAGUGUUACAGACUUGUGCUAGAUCAUGAAAUGAUCAAGAACACAAACAUCUGCCUCUUUGUAGCAGAACACAUUAACGAAGCUUUCCGGAACAUGGACCAGGAUAAGCAAACUGUCUGCUGCUGCUUGUAUCACUUGAUGAUACUAUACCUUGAUGCGCUUGUCCACAACAUCCCAGUAAGCAACUGCGCGAUACGAUCGAAUGCAUGGGAUAGUGCUCUAAUUGCCAAGGUGAUCAAGAAGGAUACCAUCUCUCCUGGUAUGUUCGGCAAAUAA